AUGGCCGCAGGUGUCCCCUACCCUUUCCACUUCGACCCAGACAGCUCUGGUGGCCCACGCGAUGGAACCAGCAGAACCGUCACUCUAACCCUGAAGAAUGUCCGCGGUCGAAUCCCCUUCCCCCAAACCUCGCGCCUGCGAACGAUGAUGCUCGAGGCUCGGAAUGAUCCAACUAAGAUCCUCGCACACGCCUGCACGUACGACGGCUUGUCGUCCCGUCUCGUCGAAGAAGCCGGGUUCCCCAUGGUCUUUGUGUCUGGGUUCGUGGUGUCGAGUUCGCACGGUGUCCCUGAUGCGGGGUACAUCGCGAUGCAGGAGAUGUGCGAUAAGAUCCAGGAGAUAUAUCGCCAAGUCUCGAUCCCCAUCAUGGCAGAUGGGGAUACUGGGUAUGGGGGCCCGAUGAACGUUAAGCGGACUGUCGAGAGCUUUGCAGCGGCUGGCGCGGCGGGGAUUAUGAUUGAGGACCAGACUUGGCCGAAGCGCUGUGGUCAUACCAAAGGCAAAGACGUUGUCUCUCGCGGAGAGGCCUACGCACGGAUCCAGGCUGCCGUUGAUGCUCGCAACGAAGGACGCGAUAUCUUCAUCAUGGGCCGCACCGAUGCCCUUAUGCGGAUUGGCGUCGAUGCAGUCUUUGUUGAGGCGCUACCGGAUAGAGAUGCGAUGAAGCGCUGCGCGGAGGAGAUCGACAUCCCCGUCUUUGCUAAUAUUAUCGAGGGUGGGAAAACAGAGAAUAUUUCGGCCAAAGAACUGGCUGAGCUAGGGUACAGCGCCGUCGCAUAUCCCUGGACUCUGGUUGCUGCGCAUCUCAAGAGUGUUCGGGAUGCUUUGGAUGGGUUGAAGAGGAGCAUGCUCACUGGUGCUCCGCCGAUGAUCUUAUCGUACGAUGAGGUGUGCGAGGGAGUUGGUUUCAAGAAAUAUUGGGUAGGUCUCAUUCUGGAUUGA